AUGCCAAACCUGAACACCGCUAAAUACACUGGGGAUGAGGAGAUGCCCGAUCUCUCCAAGCACAACAACUGGAUGUCAAAAGUCAUGACCCCUGAGCUCUACAAGCGAAUGCGAGCCCGACAGACCAAAUCCGGCUUCACCAUCGACGAUGCCAUCCAGACUGGCGUCGACAACCCCGGCCACCCAUUCAUCAUGACCGUCGGCUGCGUUGCUGGCGAUGAAGAUUCCUACGAUGCCUUUGCUGAAUUCUUCGAUCAAAUUAUCGAGGGACGACAUGGUGGAUACAAGCCCACUGACAUGCACAAGACCGAUCUCUCCGACAACCUCGUCAUGGAAGAGCCCUUCGAUCCCGAGUACGUCUUCUCUGUCCGAGUCCGAACCGGCCGAUCUAUCCGAGGAUAUGCUCUUCCUCCAUGGUGCUCCCGAGCUGAGCGAAGAAAGGUCGAGAGCAUUUCUAUCGGCGCUCUCGAUCGAUUCGACGGCGAUCUUAAGGGCAAGUACUUCCCCCUCUACGAAAUGACCGACGCCGCCCAGGAGCAGCUCAUCGCCGAUCACUUCCUCUUCGACAAGCCCGUCUCUCCCCUUCUCACCGCCGCUGGUAUGGCUCGAGACUGGCCCGAUGCCCGAGGAAUCUGGCACAAUGACAACAAGGACUUCUUGGUCUGGAUCAACGAGGAAGAUCAUCUCCGAGUCAUUUCCAUGCAGAAGGACGGAGACAUGCAGUCCUGCUGGCGACGAUGGAUCGACGGACUCAACAAGUUCGAGACCUAUGUCAAGGAGCAGGGAGCGGACUUCAUGCACAGCGACCAUCUUGGCUACAUUCUUACCUGCCCAUCCAACCUUGGAACUGGUGUCCGAGCUGGUGUCCACAUGAAACUCGAGAAGCUCUCCGAGCACUCCAAGUUCGACGAGCUCCUUGGCAAGCUUCGACUCCAGAAGCGAGGAACUGGCGGCGUCGACACUGCCUCCGAGGGCGGUAUGUUCGACAUCUCCAACGCCGACCGACUUGGCUUCUCCGAGCUAGAGCUCGUCCAAAUGGUCGUCGACGGUGUCAACACCCUGAUCGCCAUCGAGAAGAAACUCCAGGCUGGCGAGAACGCCGAUUCUGACAUCUCUGCCGUCGCCCAGAAGUAA